AUGCUUCCACAGCUAAACGAUUUUAGUUGGUACAUCGAUAUGAAACUUGUACCGGAUAGCGGCUCUGUUGGUGGUCAACGUACUCAGCCAUCAUGUGUUCUUUGUCUUGAUAUCAAGGAUCCAGCUGUAGAUGCUAUCGAUCAUGGACAACAACAACGUUCUCCGCAAGGAACGUUACAAAUUGAAUUAUCAAAAGAAACUCUUUCACUUGUAUUAGAUAAUUUUACUCGAAUACAUAACAAGGUCGAAUAUGAGCAAAAUCGCAAAGAAAGGCGUCAUGGUGAUCCAGUCAAAUUUUCUGGCGCUCUUUUAGAUCAAAUAGAUGGAGAUAGAAGUGUUAUUAAUAAAACAAAUCAACGCAAACAAACAAGACGAUUUUCCAACGGUCAGUUCGAAGAUGAAGAACAAGAAACAGAACGUAUUAUUGAUAAUCGCUUAUCAGUUAAAAUUAUUCAACAAGGCAGACGACAACAGGCAGAAAUAGAUGAUGAAUUAUUGCAUGUUGAUGAAGAGGAUGAACAAGUAUUAAGAGCGUUUAUUUUGUCUGGUACGUGUACAUUACGAGAAGCUAUUAUUAUUUCUAGUAUAAUAGCUAAAACGUCUAUUCCAAUGUUACAUUCAGCAGCAGCACUAUUAAAAAUAGCCGAAAUGAAUUAUUCUGGUGUUAAUUCAAUAUUUAUUCGAAUACUUGUUGAAAAACAUUUUGCAUUACCAUUUAGAGUUGUUGAUGGGCCUGUUUUAUUUUAUCAAGUAAUUAAAUCUCUUCUGAAACAAACAGCCUGUUUUUAUUCCAUUUGUGCAUUUAAGUUUUGCACUGAUGAACGUGAACCACCUGAUUUAUGGCAUCAAGCGUUAUUGUCGUUUAUUCAAUAUUAUCGUCAAGAUAUAUCAUACGGUACAUUCUUAUUGAUAUAA